AUGGCCGACCACCUCUUCGGCACGUCGCGCCCGCCCCCCUCGCCGCUCCAGAUCCCAUACGACGGCCCCGUCUACGACGGCGGGCCCUGGCUCGGCUACCCCUCGAGAAACGGCUGGCGGCGCCCGGGAUCGGACCACCUCUUCAUCCCCGAGAGCCAUGGGCCCCGUCUCGAGUGCUGGCUGUACUUUGGCGUCCUCCACGCCGUCUUCGGUAGCGGCGUCGUCCGCCACGACGACUUCCUGCGCUACGACGCGGCUGACGGCCGCCAGUACCUCACCACCGCGAACCUCUGGCGCUACGUCGACGCCGCGCUCGCCGGCUCCGCCUUCGGCCCGGGGGGGAAGAAGACGAAGACGAAGACGAACAGCGACGGCGCCAGCCCCCCCGCCCCCGCCCCCGCCCUCCUCGGCCCAUCCUGCACGCAGUCCGACUGGGAAGCCAUCGAGAACCAGCUCGGCGAGAUGCUACUACUACACGGACGCAGUCCUGCUACGUCACUCCUCCGCCCGGCCAUGGCCUUCGCCAUCCGCGUCCUGCACGCGACGCUGUUCCUGCUCGUGCGCGAGACGCUCGGCCUAAGGCAUUUCCGCGCCGUGCUGCUCCCGCAGGCGGCGAGCCGCGACGCGUGGGCCGACGCGCGCAUGCGCGAGCAGCUCGGUUGGUGUCCGAGCGAGGUUGCGUGCUUUUCGAACUUCAGGUCCGUCUUGCCGCAGGCGUAUGCGUUGCAGUUGGGGGAGCGGCGGCGGGGCCGCACGACGAGGGCGGGGGUAGAGGCGGGUGCGGCGGGUGGGCAUGCUAGGUGUACGGCGGCGAGGUGUGUGGUGGAUCAGGUUGUGCCGGGGACGUAUGUGACGGGGCAUUAUGAGGGGGGGUGUCGGUGUGGGUUUGUGGGGGUGCCGGUGGAGGAGGUGAAGGCGGUGCUGAGGAAGGGGGGGAUUCCGAUUGUGCGGGUGCGGCGGGGGGGUGAGGGUGAAGGCCAAGGGGGGCCGUUGGUGUUGGAGGUGGGCGCGCAUCGGCCGGGGAGGAACUACGUGGCGGUGUCGCAUGUCUGGAAGGAUGGGAUGGGGAAUGAGGAGGCGAAUGCGUUGCCAGAGUGUCACUUGGUGCGGCUCAAGGCCAUGGCGGCGCGGCUGCUUUGGGAGCGCGCGAAUGUGCCUGGGGCGUGGGAUAAUCCCGUCAGCGCGCUGCAUGUCAGCGGGAGGCAUUUGCUGCAUGCUGCUAUGAGCCUGGCGCAUACUCCGGAACAGGAUACGUGGUUCUGGAUGGACACGUUGUGUGUUCCGCUGGACGAAGAGACCAAGAAGAUGGCGAUCAGGGGGAUGAAGAAGGUGUAUGAGAGAGCGCACCGGGUCAUGAUCGUCGACGCCGAGCUCGAGGAUACUGCUGUGAGCGAUGUUCCGAAAGAAGAGAUCAUGUUGCGGAUUCUGGCAUGUUCGGGCUGGAUGCGGAGGCUGUGGACUUUACAAGAGGGACUCGCAGCGCGCAGGCGCCUCUAUGUCGUCUUCAAGGACAAGAUCGUCAACGUCCCAGACAUGGCGGACAAGCUAUGGCUGAAGCACCAUCACGGGAAGUUCCACGCCUUGCAGGCACCGGUUGCACAUGAUGCUUACUCUCUGUGGUUCCAAUGGUUCCGCACCGUGACGUCUUCCUACUCGACGUUCGACAAGGUUCUUGACAAGGCGGUGCCCAUGGGCAAGGAAAAUGAGAUCAUAGCCAAGCCUCACGACUUGGUGUCGAUGAGCUGGAGCAACGUGGCGGCCAGAGACACAACCAAGGAUGAGGACCGGCCGGUGGUAUUCGCCAAUAUAGUCAACCUUGAUCCAAAAGCCAUCCUGGAUAUCAAGAAGAACGCACCCGAGCGCAUGCGGGCCUUCUAUGGGAUGCUUUCGCAUUUUUCACAGGAGAUCAUCUUUCUGCCUGGAGAGCGCUACGGGGAGGAAGGCUGGCGCUGGGCGCUGCAGCGCUGCAUGAGCCAAGAUGACCAGGUGUAUGGGCGGACUUUGGAGACGCCGGUGAAGAUCUUGAGAGAAGGGUUGCUGACCGUUCUUCCCGGAUUCACUACUGACCUUGGCGGCUACGUGGCUGAACGGGAUUCAGAGGGCUUCUGGAUCGCAGUAAGCCGGACGGACGUUGACGAUGACGGCCAUGAGAAGGUCCGAUACUUGCAUGUUAUUGCCAAAGAAAGACAGGCGUGGGACCCGAGUGCUCUGCAUCACGUAGGCAUCGUGUUCGAAAAGGCUUACGAGGGGGUCGAGGCCGCUCUGUUCCAAAAUGGGGCAACAAGGCUUUCUUGCGUCGUCCUUUCACUGACGAGGAGAGAGGGCGAUGUUGCCUACGGCCGAUACGAGCUCUUGGCUGAGGCAACACGGCUUCCGGAGAACAGCCCGCCCCCUGCUGGUGGUGUCGUCAACCCCUCGCAGCCGUUGAUGCGGGAAUUGCUGCGGCCAAAGCAGACAUGGUGCAUUGGUUAG